AUGCAUGAUGCUGUUGAAGCUGCGAAGCUUAUUGAACAGAUACAUGCCAGAUUUUGUGGCACGCAUAUGAAUGGGAUCAGUCUUGCAAGAAAAAUCCUUCGAGCCGGGUAUUUCUGGAUGACCAUGGAGAAUGAUUGUUGCAAAUUUGUGCAAAAAUGCCACAAAUGUCAGUCGGUAACCAAGAAAGUUGUAGCUGAUUUUGUCCGAAACAAUCUGAUAUGCAUAUAUGGAGUACCAGAAUCCAUCAUUACUGAUAAUGGUGGGAAUCUCAACAGUCACCUGAUGAGAGAUAUUUGUGAACAGUUUAAGGUCACUUAUCGGAAUUCAACUGCUUAUCAUCCCCAAAUGAACGGAGGUUAUCGAACGACUGUAAGAACACCGACUGGUGCUACGCCUUACUUACUAAUAUAUGGAACAGAGUCAGUCAUAUCUACUGAAGUUGAGAUACCGUCAUUGAGAAUCAUCCAGGAAGCUGAGUUAAGUAAUGCUGAAUGGGUGAGCAAGCGGAUUGAUCAACUAACUUUGAUUGAUGAGAAGAGAAUGGUUGUCGUCUGUCAUGAUGAGUACAAAGGAAAGUUCGCACCAAACUGGCAAGGUCCUUACAUUGUUCGUAAAGUAUUAUCUGGAGGCGCUUUGGUCCUGUCGGAGAUGGAUGGCACUGUAUGGCCUAAACCUAUCAAAUCAGACGCUGUCAAGAGAUAA